AUGUUCCGCGGCCUUGCAGCAAGCCCCGGAACGGCGACCCGCGCAGCAGCGGAAGCGGCUUAUGUGGAAGCCCUGGAGUAUCUGCGCGUGCGGGGGUUUGGGGUUGUGCAGCCAGCCCUCGACGGCAAGCUCCCUGUGUUCCUGAAGAGACACUAUCAGUCUUUGCCGCAGUCUUCCAGAGAGCAGCUGGCCCAAGCGCACGUGCCAGGAACCGUGUUUGGUUUGCAUAUUGCAGAAGCAAGUUGCGCUCGCCCAGGCGCCGACGCAGCAGCAUUUUCAGUCGGCUUGGCUGCGCCCGACGCAGCAGCCCCCGUGGGCAGCUUGGCUACGGUCGCGCUCGCGGAGGACAACACCGAAGUCAUUGGAAAGACAACAAGCAGCUCCGACAGCAAGCCGCUAAAUCGGCAAGCUUCUGCAGCAGGCAAACGCGCGGGCAUUUCGGCUGCAAGCAUUCCAGACAAGGCUGGCAAGGAUUGCCUCAGUUCGUCAACGCCUCGUGAAGCGGCGGAAGAAGCAACAGUGCGUGAUGCUCGCGAACAAGACCGCGACGAAGACCUGGGCGCGACCUGGGAGGUAAUCCACCAGGGCCCGGUGGACAUGUGCAUCCAGAGCUACACGAGCUUUCGAGAAGCAGUGGAGCAGGUACUAGGCUUGAGCAAAGACGCAGGCAUCUAUGAUUUCCACGAUCUGGGGCUGGAGCGUGGUGUACGCAGAUUGAAAGGCGCGUGCCGGCCUGAAGCCUGCAAAGGAUGCACGCAGCGGGUGCGUGCAGAAUUUGGCUUUGAAGCCGGGCGGCCGAGUCUGAAGGUUCGCACGAGGGGCAAGCAUGGGGAACUUGCGAAGCCAACUGGUGGAUCUCUGUGGACAGUGGCCGAGGAAGUGGCGAUCCGCAGAAGCUGUAAAGAUGCAGAAACCCUCACGAGUGUGAAUGUUCGCCAGUGUCUGAAGCAGGCGGGGCUAAAGCUUCGAUGCGAAUCACGGCAGCUUCACCAAUGGGUGACAAGACAAAAAGCCAAGCUAGGAGUGCAGACGAAGCGAGGGCCAACGUCUGUUCGGGCAGGGGAACUACAAAUUGCGGCGGCCCCUUUCCUGCUCAAAGAUCUUGGAACGUGGGAAACGCUGCCUUUGCAUAAGCUCUUCGUCUUGCAGGAUCCAGCACCUACCUUCAAUGAAGAGCGUGUCUGCGUCGCGUGGACUUGCCCAGGCAUGCUGCGGCGGGCUCGUGCCGCGCAAGGAAAGGUGAUCAAGCUGGCCAUCGACGGAAAGCAAAGCAUCCUCAUCAACGACUAUACCGUCGUGACCGUCAGUUUUCUGGUGUGCAGUGAGCAGGUCAGACCGACAAGACAAGGCGGUGCCAGGACAGGCAGUCGCCAGAACGCUCACACCCUGACCCAGGAGCCGUUAGCCCAGACGCUCAUGAACACGGAAAAGGAAGCCAACAUUUCGCAGUUCCUACGCACGCUGGAAAACGUGGCUAGCAAAUGCUGCGGCCUUGACCUAAGCUACCAGGUCUGGCAAGUCCACAAAGACUACGCCAAAGGCAUCGAGGCGUCCCGCAUCAAUGUAUUCCCUUGUGCACGACCGUGCGAUGACUACCCACAUAUGCGGAGAGCAUCGCAUAGCGUGCUCGCGAGCCUGCUCUCGCCGAAGAUUCCGUCGGAGCCUCAGAAGUUCUUAGAAGCCAAAGUCACGAGGCAGAACAGUUCCGCAGCAGAGGACGAAAGCAAUGCAAGGCGGUCGAAGCCAGCCGAGACGAAGCCUUUGCAGCUGCUGGAGAGAGUGAUUCAACUGAGUCGGUUCUUGCCGACUGUUGUUCUGUUUGAUGCGGUGUGGCAGCUAACUUUUUCGUGGUUGGAGACCGUCAGCAAGAAAGCCGCGACCUACUUGAAGCAGACGUACUUUCACAAAGUGCCAGUCUCGAGCCUUCGCAAGCAGAUGCAUGUAGGGCAGCCAGUGGGAAAGUCCGCGGAUGCCAGUUGCUGGUUCGCCGGCUUCUGGGCAGGCGUAACUGGCACAUACCCAGGAACUGGGUCCGGGACACAGUCGCUGGAGAGCUUUCACGCAUACUGGCAGGCGCAGGUCCGGUCCAAGGUAAGGACAGCUCCGACCGACAUAUUCCGAGCAAUGGAAGAUUUGUACAAGACCGACUGGUGCAAGAAGUUCAUGUGGGAGGAGGCGCGAAGCUUCUUGACGUGGCCAGACCGUCCCGCGCUGGACCUCUUAAACAGCACCAUGCUGCGUACUGCUGGACGGUCGCCUGCGGCAGACUUUUGGGAUCAGCGGGCGAAGAAGCUGACGGGUCUGCGUAAUCAUUUCAAGAUCUGGCGCCGCACAGACAAGGCCAAGGGCCAGGACGGCAUAACGACUUUCUGGGUCAUGCGGUGCCAACGCCACCAGGACCAAAUGCCUGCUGAUGCAAGCAUCGACCAAUCCACCGCCGAGACUUUUGCAGACCUGCUGACCCUGGACGGCACAGAACUGCAGCGGCUGCUGACCAGGUGCGGUGUGGCAGAGGGAGACGCAAACAAGCAGCGGCUGAAUGCGAAUGCGCUCGACAAGCUCCUGGGCGUACACUGCGCAGUCUUUCGAGGCCACCUGGCCGAUUCCCUCUGGCCGCGUGUGCGACGUCGGCUGCAAACCCCACUGCCAUCCACGCUCUGCACAUGCAUCGAGUUCAUGCAGCACGCAGAGUGCGAACACAUUGUCUUCGUGAAGGCAUUGGAAGGGGAUGCAGAUGCAGAGAAUCUGAAUGAGGUUCCUAUCCUGCGAAAAAGAGGACGUAAGCCCAAGCGGAAGGCAGACGCGGAGAUGAAGUCUGCAUCUGCGGCAAAGCGUCGCAGGCAGCAGAAGUAA